CUCAUCAAAUCUCCACCAGAUCUUUCCCUCCUCUCUUCCAGCGUAGCACAGUCCUUUCAAGCCAGGGUUUUUCAAAAUGUCAAGGUGAAUGUGAACGUGCCCCAAAAAUCAAAACCCCUUAUAUUAAAAUUAUCUCUACUUGCAAAAUUGCUUUAAUCAGUAGCUAUCAGUAGGGAUCCAAAGAAAGGAACAAAUAUUUGUGGGGCACUCUUGUCUUCGGACAUUUCAAGACACAAUACCAUCUUUUUUGUAUCUGAAGAAGAUAGGGUAACCAAACCCAUCAAGUUCGCUCUCCAGUUCUCUCAAGAUGGCACUGAGCAACCAAGCGAUAGGAGCCAUCAACUUCAUCUCCAUACUACUCGCGAUUCCAAUCAUUGGCACCGGAAUCUGGCUAAUGAACGAACCCGCAAAUGCGUGCGUGAAGACUCUACAGUGGCCGGUCAUUAUACUUGGGGUUCUGAUACUGGUGGUGGCUCUAGCUGGCUUCAUCGGAGGGUUCUGGAGAAUCCAAUGGCUACUCAUAGUCUACAUGGUGGCCAUGCUCGUGCUCAUCAUACUGCUGGUGUGCUUGGCGGUGUUCAUCUACAUGGUCACGCUCAGAGGCCACGGCGACAUUGAACCCAACCGAGCUUACUUGGAAUACCAUCUGGAUAACUUCUCCGGCUGGCUCCGCCGCCGUGUCAGAAGUUCCUAUAAAUGGGACAGCAUCAGAAGCUGCCUUAGCUCCACCAACAUGUGCAAUGAGUUGAACCAGAGUUACCGCAUGGCUCAGGAUUUCUUUAAUGCACAUCUAACACCCAUGCAGUCAGGAUGCUGUAAGCCACCAACACAAUGUGGGUACACGUUCGUGAAUCCAACGUACUGGAUAAGCCCCAUAAAUACCGCGGCUGAUAUGGACUGCCUUCAAUGGAGCAACGACCAGACCCAAGUCUGCUACAACUGUGACUCUUGCAAAGCCGGGUUACUGGCAAAUCUCAGGAAGGAGUGGAAGAGGGCCAAUGUCGUUUUGAUCAUCACUGCCAUUGUCUUAAUCCUAACUUAUCUGAUAGGAUGUUGCGCCUUCAGGAAUGCCAAAACUGAUGAGAUCUUUAGCAAAUACAGGCAAGGCUACACUUGAAAUAAAAAUCAGUGAGUGAGAGACCCAAGACUAUCAUGUGCUAAGGUUCUGAACAGCUAGAGAGCAGACGGUGUAGUUAUAAUCCUAGUGGGGUUUGGGUUGAAAAAUGGGUGUCCAUGUAUGAAUUUGGAUCUCUCUUUUUUCGAUCAUCUGAAAAGAUGUUUGAACCUUUUGAUGAAUGUUGUUUGAAACUUUGGGGGAAGAGUCCGCGUGAUUUGCGUAUAGGGGCCACCGAAAGUUUGUUUCUAGGGUUACUAACAGCAUCACUGCUGAAGCACGAGGUCUCACUUUAGUGGAGGGAUUUCUGGGUUUUUGCCCCAGCUUGCUUUGUUUUUUAAUUAAUUAAUGCCAAUUCAUAUUCUAGAA